AUGAAAAAUGAGAGUUAUAUGGUAAGGGUAGAAUGCAAGGCUAAAUGUGUUUUUUUAGUUCUAUGCUCCAAAGUUGGCUAUCAAUAUACUUAUGCUAUAAAGACAUUGGUGGAUACCCACACAUGUGAUAGGGCAUUGAACAAUAGAUCCGCAAACUCAAAGUGGGUGGCCAAGGGAGUAGUGAACAAAAUGCAAACUCAAAUUGAUACGGUUAAAAUUUGUGACAUUAUGCAAGAUAUGAGACAACACUAUUAUGCGGGGAUCACUGUUACUAGAGCAUGGAAGGCAAAGUUGAUUGCCAAGAAUAUUAUUGAAGGAGAUGCUGAUAAGCAAUAUGCAAAUUUAUGGAGGAAUGUUGCUGAGUUCAGAAAGGUUAAUAUUGGGAAUAUUAUGAAGAUCAAUGUUGACAGGCCAAAUCCAUCAAUAUAA